AUGGAGGAAAUCAUAAGAGACUUUUUUAAAGGAAGAAACAUUCAAAACAAUCAACAGGCCAUCAACAACUUCAUUAGUUCUGGUGAUGGACUAAAUUGGGCAAUGAAUAAUAUUAAAAAUGAAGACAAAGUAUUUUCUUGGUUUAGUUUGACUGUGAUUGAUCAUUGGGUCUGUAUGAAACCACAACAAAUACCAUUAGAACAAAUGCAAAAUAAAUUGUUAGAGACAUUAGAAUAUUAUUAUUCAAUAGGAAGUAGGGAAGCGUCAAAUAAAAUUGCAGUACUAUUAUGUGCUGUUAGUAGAUGGACAUUUAAUGGGAAAACUAUAUGUUCAGAUAUUGCUAAUUUAAUUCAUAAUGAAGCAACAACUGGAAUAGCUAUUUUAUUAUACUCAUUUAUUGCUGAAGAAUAUAGAACUGUUGCUAAAAAAUAUCAUGUUCCUAGUAAACGUAUUCAAUGGAUUAAAACUACGUUUGAACAAGAGGCCAAUGAUGUAGUAAAGAUUUUGGUGAAUUUAGUUAUUCAAAAUAGAGUAGAUGCAUUAGUUUCAUUAAGUAAAUAUGUUGGAUGGGUUUCUACAGAUACUUUAAUAGCAUCUAAUUUCUUUGUUGUUUUAGAGAAAACAAUUGUAACACCAUCAAUGAUAAAGCCAUCAUUGGAUUGUCUCACAGAAUACCUUCAAACAAAUAAAAUACCAUCAAAUCCACAAUUUCAUAUAUCAGUUAUGGCACUAACACUAAAUCUUUUAAAACAACCUGAUGUUCCAGCACAACCAGCUUUAUAUCUUUUAAUGAAAACGUUUUCUGUGUGUGUUCCAAGAAUUCCAUUUGAUGACUCUUUAUUAGAAAUACCAAGAACAUUAAAUAGUUUUAUUGCUUCACAUACAAAUGAUUUUACAACUGUUUCUAUGUGGUUUGAAGCAUGGGGAGCACUUUUUGAUUCAUGUAUUGCAGAUUCUUUAUGUGUUGCAGAUGAAUUUGGUCCAAUAGCACAAGAAUGUUGUAAAACAAUAUUGCCAUUAUUAUUUUGUUCGACAUAUAAUCAGAUUGAAUUGUUGGAUACUUCUAAAGUAGGAGAUGAACAAAGUGAAUUUGAAGUUUUUAUAUUUAGUGCAUAUCAAGUUUUAAUGAGUCUAAUUGAUUUUCAAGGGCAAUACGUUCUUCCAUUGAUAUUAGAAGCAAUGAAUCAUUCAUUUGAAAUAAUAAUGAGUAAACAACCACAGUUAUAUACAGAAGGUGAUGUAUGUGAUAUUGCAACUACAUGUAACUUAUUUUUAGAAAUACACUCUAAUCUAAUUUAUAAAAUAGAGAACUUAGAACAGCUUCAAAGUAUGUACUCACCAUUGUUUAAAAUAUUAAAUAUCCUUCCUCAAAUAACUAAUGAUGAUGCAAAUACUGUUGCAAUUAAAUUAAAUUCAGCAAUAAGAACUCUUUUCUCGUGCUUACAUGAAUAUGAAUCACAAAUAACCAAUCAAUAUAUUAACCAAUUAAUAAUUCAAUUUAUUCAAAUAGCAACAGCGUGUAGUAAUAUUGAAGUAUCAAGUAAAGUAAUAGAUUUAUUAUUUGAAUUAAUUCUUGCAUGUAGACCUGAGGUAUAUCAAGUUCCAAUUGUUCAAGAAAUAUUAAGGAAUAGUACAUCAUUUGUUAAUAAGUUCCCUAUGGUAUUAAGAAAGUACGUCAUAUCUGGAAUAAGUGAUAUUAUAGUAUUACCUAUGCCUGAUAGCAUUUUUAAACAAGCCAGUUAUGAACAAAAUGCAAAUGGAUAUAAACUUCUUAUUGAAGAAAAUGUUAUUCAACCAAUAGUACAAUGUUUCCAAACAAAUACAUUUAAUAAUUAUCGAGACCUUUGUAAAACAAUUCAAAUAAUUGUUAAAAAUAAAGAAGAUCUCAAUAACUUAAAUAAACAAAUGAUUUUAUUACCAUUAAAUCCUUUAAUGAAUGAUAUUUUACCAAAAACACUUCCUGUUAUGAAUAUAGAAUUAUUGCAUUAUACAUUAACAUUAUAUUAUAAUAUAUUAAUUCAAUUACAUAGUGCUAUGGAUGAACAAAGUGUAGGUAAUAUUAUUGAAAUAUUAUUUAAAAUAUUUGAUGGUAAAAUUUCAAUGAUAAUUGAGGAAAAUGAAAGACACAGCAAUUCAUCAUUAUGUUUAUUUAUUAAAAUAUUAUCUUUCUUUGUUAAAGAAUGGAGGUAUAGAAAUAAAAAUAAAUCAAAUACAUUAUAUGUUUCUAUCCUUAUGAAAUCUUAUUCAUUAAUAACAGUUGAUAUGGUAAAUAAUAUGAACACAAAAACAAUUGGUAAUGCAAUUUUUAGAGAAGGGUAUUUAUUAUUUUUCCGUAUUUCUGACGUUUAUUUUGAAGAAUUAUCAAAGAACUAUCAAUUCUUUGGAGUGAUAAAUCAAAUGAUAUUACAAGGAUUUUCAUUAUCAGAUAUUGAAUUAGUGAAGUUGAUAAUAGAAAAUGUUCUUGAAUUAAAUAUGAAUAAGAAAUUAUUUAUUCAUCCUACAUUUAAAGCUAAUACUAUCACUUUUUGUAUUCAAUUAUUAAAUAUUUUAAUUAAAAAUGAACAUUCACAAGAAGAAACUAUUGAUUUAUUAUAUAAUAUUCUUGAUGCUGAUGUUCCUUCUUUAUUACAAUCAUUUAAUAUUGUUCUUCAUUCAUUCUUCCAACAAAAUCCACAACUAACUGAACAACAGAAAAAUGAUACUAUGCAAUUAUUUACUAAAGCAAUAGAUUUACCGACAUUCUCCUUUGCAAUUCAACAGUUCGUAAAUGAUAUGAAUUGUUACUUUAAUUGA